UUUGUUUGGCUCUUUCUUUGCAGCUGCUAACAGCGUGUGGAUCAAAGAACAUCCAGAGUGUGGCUACAACCUGGUGAACUCUCCUCACCUGCGGCCAGCCUGGGUCUUAGACAGAGCCAUCUGCCAUUUAACCACCAGAGUAGCAGAGGGACGUUACAAGGCUAAGGGGCUUCCUGCUGAUAUUACCAAUGAGAGCCAUCUGAAUGCCAUCCGUAGUGUGUUGUGGCAGGACGUGUAUCCUCAGAUCAAGCUGUGGGAGUUCUACCAGCUCAAAGUGGACCGUGCUGUGGAGCAGUUCAGAACCCUACUACACAAUGGCACAAAGCCAGACCAGAGUAAGACCGGGGGGAAGAAGGGCCUGAGGAUCAUUCAGGACCCAGAGGUCCAUCGUUAUGGGAACACAGUGGACAUGGACUCCGCUCUGGAGACCUUUGUACCUCGCAGCUCCUCCCCACAGCACAUCGAGGAGUGCUGUGGUUGGCUGAGACAGAAAUUGAAGGAGCUGAACGAAGAAGAGCACAACAUCAUGCACCAGCAUCAGGAGCAGGCUGCCAACUGUAUUGUGGGAAACGUAGUGUAUGAGCGUCUGGCAGACCACGGCCCCAAACUUGGUCCCGUUAGCAGGAAAGACCCUCUGGUUACCAGGUACUUCACCUUCCCAUAUCACGAUAUGACUCUGGAGCAGGAGAUGCAGCUGCUGGACCAGCCAGACAAGACGUGUCUCUUCCUGGCUCACAAUGGUUGGGUGAUGGGAGACGAUCCACUGCGCAACUUUGCUGAACCAGGCUCCAAUGUGUAUGUGCGUCGGGAGCUGGUAUGCUGGGGUGACAGUGUCAAACUCCGCUACGGCAAUGGGCCCAAGGACUGCCCGUACCUGUGGGCCCACAUGCAGAAGUACACGGAGAUCACAGCCAAAUAUUUCCACGGAGUCAGACUGGACAACUGCCACUCUACACCAUUACAUGUAGCUGAGGCCAUGUUAGAUGCAGCCAGAGCGGUCAGACCCAAUCUGUAUGUGAUAGCUGAACUGUUUACAGGCAGCGAGCUCCUUGACAAUGUGUUCGUUAACCGGCUGGGAAUUAGCAGUCUUAUACGAGGUACAGCUCCUCAGCAUGAACUAAUGUGUUCUUGUCUCUUUCUUCUCUCUUGUCACUGCACUUUUCUGCGUUCUUCCUCAUCCUACCCAAACAUACUCUAUCUCUUUCCAUCUCUUGACUCUGACUCUGUGUUCAUGCACCGUAUGAGUGCACGUUGUGGUCGCUUGGCCUGUUAUCACUAACUGGCUGCAUUCCUUUCACAUUGCUCUCCUCUUCCUCCUCUGUCUGUCCUUCCUUGUCUUUUCUCCAACCUCCUCUCUUGCACUGCCUGCACUUGUUCUGCUGUGUUGCCUUGCUGUGUUUGUCCAGUACAUGCUGGACGUGGCCAGAACAGUAUGUCCUAACCUGUAUGUGGUGGCUGAACUGUUCACCGGCAGUGAGGAACUGGAUAAUGUCUUCGUA